CAUACAAUGUCCCAGUCCAAUAUUCUUAAACAACACACGAAAAAUAGUCCUUGUUAAGCCGAGAUCAGCCCAAGCCCAAUGUGCAUCCCAAACCCACUGAAGGGGCCAUAUCUUCGAUUUUACCCUUCCACGACCUACUGAACCCAGAAGCCUGGAGGAAGCCUGGAGUAGAGGUUUUGCUCAAAACCAUUUGUAAGAAACAGAAGAGAUGCAGAGAUGGUGUGGAAAAUUUCGAUUCUGGGCUCUUUCUUCUUCGCAAAAUCUUCCAUUCAUAUCAGCUUCUCGUCGUCUUAUUCAUUCUGCUCCGCAGUUUCAUGAACCACUGUCAUCUCCUUCUAGCAGAACUGCUUUAAAGCCGUUCCUUCGUUAUGCUCCUUCAAGCGCUCUUCCUCCACUGGUAGAUUUAGGGUUUCGAUCUUCAUGUACUCAUUUUUUGUUGAGUCAGAGGCGCGAAUUUUCGUCGAAGGAGCGUAAGAGAAAACCUGGCACUCCUGUUACUUCCAAGUUGAAGAAAAUUAAAAUGAAAUCCUACUCAUCAUUCAAGUGCAGAUUUAGAACCAUGAAUGAUGGUACGAUUCGGCGAUGGAGGGCAGGGAAACGACACAAUGCCCAUUUGAAGUCCAAGAAAUCAAAACGAAGACUUAGACUACCAGCUCUUGUCCAUCCUGCUUAUGCCAAAGUGAUGAAGAAGCUGAACUUCUGUGGUUAAUCUUGGGAGUCCUCUACAUGCUGCCAGGUCCUGUUAUGAAGAAAGGAAAUAGUGUUUCUCUGGACAUUUAUUCGUUCUUUACUCCAACACCCCCACCCCUACCCCUACCCCUACCCCUACCCCACCCUAUUUUUUUUAUCGUUAGGAUACCCUUAUAAAACCUUUGCGAGAAAAUAGUUUUCCUUUAUUUUAUUUUAUUUGUUUUGUUUUGUUUUGUUUAAAUGUUUUUCAAUUGUGAUAACAGUUUCCUUUUUGUAUUGUGCCUCAAAGGCCAGUGGUAAUUGUGUUGUUAGAACUAUGAACUUGUAGUUCUGGCUGAACAAUGAUUGUAUUGCUAAAACCUUAAAACCAUAAAACCAUUCAAUUUGCA